AUGAAUACACUAAAAAUUUCCGUGAAGCGUCCGCAAACUAACCUGGCCACCUGGAAAGACCUCGCACGGGACCGGCAGACCUGGAGGAGAACAGUGAAGACAGAUGAAGCAUUAUUCAAAGUUAACCUCAUCAGUCCCGUCAAAGCCAAACAAGAAGCUCGCAAAUCACAGCAGCCGCCGCUUCGUAACGACAACGUUCAACCAUCCCCGAUCUGCCCACGACUUCAACGGACGUUUCGGACGCCUUUCGGUCGUAGCGGAGGCCGUCUACCCAACGACCUCCACUCCUUCUCCCACUACCGACGCUUCCUCAAAAUCGCUUCUGCUCGUUACCCCUGUCGCCGACCCGUCGCCUUCAUCAGCCGACACGACGAGCCCUACCCAGCUGUUGAAUCGGCCGCAGCAGCCAGCACCGCCGCCGACGCCGCCGCCAACACAACUACUACCACCACCACCACCACUGGCACCUCCACCACUACCACCACCACCACCACCACCACCACCAACACCACCACCACCGUCACCACCAGCACCAACGCCGCCACCACCACCACCACCACCAUCACCACCACCACCACCACCACCACCGCGAACACCACCACCCCAACCACCACCACCACAAUGACCUCAUGCCCUCCUAUCAGCGAAUGGAUGACGUCCGACGUCCAAUCGACUUCAAACAUCGGCAGAAUCCUCUCCAGGGAUUUGGACCCGUUUCAGGCCUGCCCUCAUUGCGAUCGCACAUUUACCUUAUACAUCGGCCUGGUGGACCAUUGCGGACCUAUUACACAGAGGCUUGCGAACCAGUGCCUGGAACACCCACAUACACUCGCCGCAUCCGCUUCGACUGCCCUCACUGCCCCGCGCGCUCACUCACUGCAUGGGCCUACUCGGUCACAUGCGUACUCACGACAGCGGAAUUCUCCAUAA